GUUAUUAAAAGCAUAAUAAUAUUUAUAACUCCAUAUGACGAACAUUUCAGUAUUAUUUUGAUAAGAUUUGUGUCAAAAAUAUUUUUCGGAGACAAUUAAAAAACAUUUAUUAUAUAUAUUAUAUAUAAAAAUAAUAUUUCAAUAAUAAUAUAUCCAUUCAUUCACUUGUGGAGUGAACAAUCAGUUCCCAUCACAAGUCAUGGACGAGAAGAAGCAAUCGAUGGACAACAACAAUGAGGAUCAGUUGGAAGUACCGAAGCAGAGGUAUCCGCGUUCAGUCGCUUUCAUUAUCGGCAAUGAAUUCUGCGAACGAUUCUCUUAUUAUGGGGCGAAA